CUAGUCCUGAGCCUGGUCCAGGUGAUCGUGGCGCUGUAAGGAGAAUCGCUCCCUCCGGGACUUGGUCUGUGACCUCUCCCGGGGCUAUACAGAACUGCCCCCACCGGCUUCCACCCAUCAGCGGAUCUAAAAGGAGUUGGAGUUUCUAACCAGUGGACGGUCCCGGAGCCCAGGUCCGAGUGGCCGUUCGGCCCGGCCCGGCCCGGCCCGGCAUGGCUGUGCACGCCCGCCGUCUGUGCCAUAUCGCCUUCCACGUGCCAGCCGGCCAACCCCUGGCCCGAGAUCUGCAGCACCUCUUCGGCUUCCAGCCCCUGGCGGCGCGGGAGGCGGGCGGCUGGCGGCAGCUGGCCUUACGCAGCGGAGAUGCGGUCUUUUUGGUAAACGAGGGCGCAGGACCCGGGGAGCCACUCUAUGGCCUGGACCCGAGUCACUCAGUGCCCAGCGCCACGAACCUGUGCUUCGACGUGGACGAUGCGGCCGCUGCUGCCCGGGAGCUGGCUGCUCGGGGGUGCCGCGUGCCUGUGCCCCCGGUGAGCGUGCGGGAUGCGCGGGGCGCGGCUGUCUACACCGUGGUCAGCUCGCCGGCGGGCAACCUCAGCCUGACGUUGCUAGACCGCGCCGGCUAUCGCGGGCCUUUCUUACCCGGCUUCACAUCGGUGUCCCCGGCGCCGGGACUGGGCUGGGUCAGCCACGUGGACCACUUGACCUUGGCUUGCACCUCUGGCAGCUCCCCUACACUCAGGCGUUGGUUCCACGACUGCCUAGGCUUUCGCCACUUGCCACUGAGCCCAGGUGAGGAUCCGGACCUGGGUUUAGAGGUGGCAGCAGGGUCCGGGCGCGGUGGGCUGCGACUCACUGCCCUGCAGACUGCGCCGGGCAGCACGGUUCCCACCCUCGUGUUAGCCGAGUCACUGUCCAGAGCCACCAGCAAGCAGGACCAGGUGGAGCAAUUUCUUGUCAGACACAGGGGGCCAGGGCUGCAGCACGUAGGGCUGUACACGCCCAACAUCUUAGAGGCGACUGAGAGGAUAGCGGGGGCCGGAGGCCGGCUGCUGACACCUCCAGCAGCAUACUACCAACAGCCCGGCAAAGAGGGGCAGAUCCUAGCUGCGGGGCACAAGCCUAGCCUUCUGGCCCGGCAAGGAAUCCUGCUAGAUGGCGAUAAAGACAAGUUCCUGCUUCAAGUCUUUACCAAGUCCCUCUUUAAUGAGGAUACCUUCUUCUUAGAGCUGAUUCAAAGACAGGGGGCCACAGGCUUUGGCCAGGACAACAUCCGAGCAUUAUGGCAGUCCGUGCAAGAGGAAGCUACUAGAGCUCAGAAAGCCUGAAGCUGGCUGGAGGUAGGCCAGCCAUCUUGUCUUGGUGCUCUAGGAUCCCACACAGCCUGCAGGAACUGAGACUCACCUAUGGGAACACCACCCAGCUACUAAAAGCCUUGCCUUUGGCACCAGGUGUGCCUCUAUCUCAACAGUUCCACCCAGCAGCUACGUUUCUCACCUGGGUGGGUGGGGCUUUAUAAGGCAAAGCCUUAUAAAAGCCUUUUUGCAGCUUAAUAUCAAAUAUAUAUGAAAGAUAAAAGAAUGACACAACUAGGUCACAGCACAGCUUGUUCUUUUUGGAGCCUUUGUGUUUGAGAGGAUUCCCAUCCUCCCCAAUUUAUGAUGAAUAAUCCUUAUGUAUUUUUCACUUCAUAAGAUGAGAUUAUCCCUAAAUAAAUGAUUCAGUGUUU